AUGAAUACGAAAGAGAUUUAUCGUUUAUCAACAAUUAUUGUCUACAUUACAAUUGUUUUCAUACUUGUUCAUUGCACAUCUAGUCAACCCUUAUCGACUAGUCGACAAAAGGAUGAUGAUACUGUUGAUAAUUCAAUGAAGACUGGAACUUUAUCGGAUUCAGCGGAAUCAAAUGGUCUUGAUACUAAAAAUGAUGACUCUAUACCUGAAGUUUACUUAUUACAUAGCGAAUACAAUCUUAUGAAAGAACCUAAACCUCCAGAGAUGAAUCGUCGAGCAAAUUUUUGGAAACGAGCUAAUUUUUGGCGUAAACGUGCUAACUUUUGGCGAUAA